GUAGCGCGUUCCGCAUGAUGUAUUUACAAGGCAUCUUGAGCAGCACUGUCAUAUGUCGACAACUGUAGGAAAUACUUGGUGCCUAAGGCAGAAAGCAUCCGCGCUAGCUGGAUUAGUAAUCAGAUAUAAACAGAUGCUCGGAUGCCACAUCGUGACUCCUGUCAUGCGUUGUGUCAUGCAUGGUGUCCUAACAGCGGGUCAUCCACUAGCUCUUUGGAGACAGAUUUACCGCUAGCUAUGCAGGACGAUAUUGCUGAAUUACGACGUCAACUGGAGGAAGAGAGACGGGCCAGGGAAGAAGAGAGAUGGGCAAGAGAAGAGGCAGAACGGCUCCAGGAAGAGGCAGACAGAACAACGACUGCAACCCAACUCUCUAUUUCGCCUUCUCGAUCGCUGCCACGAAUCUCUGUCACAGACGAUCCGAGUCGAGACGAACGCGACCCUGAC